AUGGUUGCGGGACCCAAUGUCUCCGUCUUCGUCACAAGCAUAAUAUUCACAACUCUUUCUUUUGUCCUCGUUGGGCUGCGAUUAUACACGCGCAUUGUGGUGGUGCAAAAUGUUGGAAUCGAUGACUGGUUGAUGCCUGCCGCAUUGGCGGCCUCAAUCGGCUUUUGCGUCGUUGUCAUGCAUCAAAUCAAGUUUGGAUUAGGUAUGCCGAUGUCUACCAUCGCAGAAGAUGACCUGGUCCGAUUCUUCCAGUGUCUCUGGGCGACGAUUCCGACCUACAAUCUAGCUCUGUUGCUUUGCAAGCUAUCGAUCGUCUUCUCAUACUUGCGCGUGUUCAAGAUCCCGACAACACAGAAGAUUUGCAAGACCAUGCUGGCUGUGCUCGCGGUAUACGGUGCCUGGACUGUCUUUGGAUCAAUCUUCAUGUGUGUUCCCGUACAGGCCUUCUGGGGCGACGGCACGGGGAAGUGCAUGAACCGCUUGGCUUUCUGGUUUUCCAACGCAGCUUUGAACAUUCUCUCGGACAUUAUCAUUUGUUGCAUUCCCAUACCACUGAUCAAAUCCCUGCAAAUAUCCAAGAAGCAGAAGAUUGCGCUCAUCAUGGUCUUCGCCGUGGGAGGAUUUGUUUGUGUGACUUCUAUGAUUCGGCUUUACUCUCUUUACGAGAUUUCCGUAUCUACCGACACAUCACGAGAUGGAGUCCACAUUGCGACAUGGUCCGGCAUAGAGAUCAACGUCGCCAUAGCCUGCGCCUCUGUACCUGCACUCAAGCCACUCAUCGUGAAAGCAUUCCCGAAACUGUUGGCGAGUACUCAGCGCAGUGGAUAUCGAUCAGGCAACGCUUACAGUGGGAUGAAUGCUGAGGACUCGCAUCACAUGCAAUCAAUGCGGAGUCGGAAGGCUACCAAGACGAAUACAAACAUCGCCAUUGAGACAAAAAUAGAGAUUGUAAGUCGCAACGGUAGCCAAGCCGACUUGGUACGACAGGGAGGUGGAAACGGCACCAUGGUGGCUGAGUGUUAUUCAACAGAGGAGAGACCGCCGGCUCAAGGUCGUGAUAUGGUUUGA